CCACGACUCCUAAGUCCUAACACGCCCACCUUUCAUACGCGACUCUGUUGUCUUCUCAACAAGUGGCUUUCGCUCUAGUAACCUUCUGGGUGUGUUGUUACUAGCUAGUGUCUACCGUGUUAACACCUCCAUAAAUGGCUGCUUUAAGGAGCUUAUUGAAGAAAAACUCAUCAUCAAUCCCAACAUGUAACGAGCUGGUGAUGAUUAGAAGAUUGUUCUCUUCGGAAGCUGCUGCUGCUUCCCCUUCUUUUGCUCAAAGACUCAGAGAUUUGCCUAAAGAUCUUCCUGGCACUAAAAUCAAGACACAAGUUUCCCAACUCAUUGGGAAAACUCCAAUUGUGUAUCUGAGCAAAGUGACUGAAGGAUGUGGAGCUUAUAUAGCCGCCAAGCAAGAGAUGUUUCAGCCCACUUCUAGCAUCAAAGACAGACCGGCAUUGGCAAUGAUAGAAGAUGCAGAAAAGAAGAACUUGAUUGCUCCUGGGAAGACGACUUUGAUAGAGCCCACAUCUGGUAAUAUGGGGAUCAGCAUGGCAUUUAUGGCAGCCAUGAAAGGGUACAAGAUGAUUCUAACCAUGCCUUCUUAUACUAGUUUGGAGAGAAGGGUGACCAUGAGAGCUUUUGGAGCUGAGUUAAUUCUGACUGACCCCGCUAAGGGAAUGGGAGGAACAGUUAAGAAGGCUUAUGAACUUUUGGAAUCCACUCCAGGUGCUUUCAUGCUUCAACAGUUCUCAAAUCCUGCCAAUACCCAGAUCCAUUUCGAAACUACAGGCCCGGAAAUAUGGGAGGAUUCACUUGGAAAAGUUGACAUCUUUGUAAUGGGAAUAGGCAGUGGAGGGACUGUCUCUGGCGUCGGGAAGUAUCUCAAAUCCCAAAAUCCUAACGUUAAGAUUUAUGGAGUAGAGCCUGCGGAGAGUAAUGUACUUAAUGGUGGUAAACCAGGUCCUCAUGACAUUACUGGCAAUGGGGUUGGAUUCAAACCAGAUAUAUUGGACAUGGAUGUAAUGGAAAAGGUCCUUGAGGUUAGUAGCGAAGAUGCUGUGAAUAUGGCUAGGAGGUUGGCACUGGAAGAAGGUCUUAUGGUGGGAAUAUCAUCCGGAGCCAACACAGUUGCCGCACUUAGACUUGCGAGAAUGCCAGAAAAUAAAGGCAAACUUAUAGUGACUAUUCAUGCAAGUUUUGGGGAGCGAUACUUGUCAUCUGUUCUCUUUCAAGAUCUGAGGAAAGAAGCCGAGAACAUGCAGCCAGUUCCUGUGGACUAAUUCAUUCAAACAUCUCACUCGAUGAAUGUCAAAGGCCUCUUGCGCAACCAUGUCUCUCAAUGUGUUUGUUGAACGAUGUGCAGCAAAAUAUGUACUCUGUGUCCAUGCAGGCGGCUUAUCUCCGUAACAUUUGUGGUGAUAGAGCUUGCUUGUCUCUUAAAGUUUGGCUUUAGUUUCCAAUUUCACUUGAAAAGCAUCCUCUGUAUUACAGAAUUUAGUUGAGCAAUGGAAAUUAUUUUUCCUUGA